AUGAAAUCUUUAAGGAAGAGUCUUGAACGCAAAAACGCAAAAACGUUACCUUCAAAGUUCGGAUAUUUGCUUACAGGAAAGCAACAGAGACCAAUGGAUGUGUCGGAAAGGACACUGGGAGUGUCUGACACAUCAGUGGCAAUGGUCCAGGAAAUCGCGAACUUCGAAGCAGUUUUUGAGGACGACAGAGAUCGGCGGGACAAGCAGUGGACCACGGACUCAGGUGGCAUAUGUGAGUUCACUGGUACAAAGGAUGCAGAGAAGGAGGCUAACAACGCAAAAGUUGCCGGAUUUUUUGAGGAUACAGUACACAGACGCAACGGUGUUUACUAUCGAUUGCCGUUCAAGGAGAACCACACCCAACUACCGGAUAAUAGAGCCAUAGCGAACAAACGGCUUGUUGAUAUCCUAUACAGACUGGAAUUGGAUCCAAACUUUCUACAAGCACAUGAUCGGACAAUACGAGAUCAGUUUGAAAAAGAAAUAACUGGACAAGUUACCGAUGGACAACCAAUCCUUGGAGAGACCAUAGCUGCUCUAAUGGUCAAAAAAGCGAUGCCACAUCAGGGAGAGGAUGUACGUGAGCCGUUGUUAAAUCUAACAAAAACUUGGAGUUUUAUUUCUACUGGACGAGCAGCUGCGAUUAUGCUCAUUUUCAUCGGACGAUCAAUGCAUGGACUGAAUGAGGAUCGCCAAGCUGAAAUCUUUGAAAGAGUCAAGAAGCUAAGAGACGUUCAGAAUUGCCCUGUUUCUAUUUUAGGAGAAAUUAUGCAACCUGCCCAAAUGAUUACUCAAGAUCAUCAGAAACGCCGUCUCUCCACCAAGUAUAAAUCCAUGGACAACACCCUACAUCUAUUCCAAGACAGUCACUCAAUCUGGCGUUUACGAGUUCAACUGGGAAAGAUAUCACUAAGCGAUCAAAAGCAAAAUCCUAUUUACAUUGCUCCUAAAACACCACCAGCUUUACUGAUGAUCAAAGAAGUGCAUAGUUUCUAUCAUAGACUAGUGGAAUACACGAUGAUGGCGGUACGAAUACGCCGUGAGGCGGAGGAAGCGAUUCAGUCAUGCAGAAUCACUGAACAGUUUUGGAAAGUGUGGCAGCAUCAUUACCUGACUAGCCUGCGAGAAAAACCACCGAAGAAAAUCUCAAGAAAAAGACUUGGACAAGAAACGCUCAUAGUGGGGUCGAUAGUACUUAUCAGCAAUCCAGUUUUACCAAGAAAUUCGUGGAAAUUGGCGCGUAUAACGGAUAUUCGGCGUGGAACAGACGGUGUAAUCCGAGAGGCAAAGCUAGUGACCAGUAACAGACGUAAAGUCCGACGACCGGUCAAUUUGCUGAUUCGACUCGAAAUUAUCGACGAUAUGAGUGAUAUAUCAGAUAAAGAGUCAACGUCGUCAUUGAAUGGAAUUUCAAAAGAAGAAAGGUCGGAGAAGUCCUAUAAUCUCAGAUCCCGGCAGAUGAGCUGUAAUGUAGAAAAUGUUGACGACCACAAGAAAAAGAAAUCUGCGCAACUCAAGAACAAAAUGUCUCAAUGUUUUGUUUACGUAUGCUUUACUCAUUGCCCAUUUUGGGUAAUGAUCAUUCUUAUUGUGACUUCGCCUCCGAUAAAGCAGUUACUCGACGCUGGUGUUUUGGACACGACAGUUUGGACGGCUGAGCAGGACAAUCGGCACACCACUGAACCACCACUUUAA